CGCAAAUGCUCAAGUAGCCCAUGUCCAAGAAAUUAUACUCCGGAGAAUAGGUGUAACCGUGGAAGACUAGAAGAGAAGCCCGACUCCAGAACGCCUGCUCUUCAAGUCACACGGCAAACCCGAAUUCCCGAUACCCAAUCGGCAACUGGGGCUGCAAGAAUGCAAGCGACGGAGGGAGGGACGCCGCCACUGCACCAAGCAUCCACCGCGCCGUGCCUCCACUCCUCCAGGCCUCCGCUCAAUCGCUCACCUCGCUGAGCUGCUGCCUCGCUCCUGUUGACUGUGGUCACUAGUUACUACUUAAGGUGUGGUUUCUGACUUUGUUUUAUCUUUUCAAUUAUAGAUUAUUAAAUGAUUGGUCUUGUUAAUUUCUUAUGUAUUGCUAAUAUUCUUGAUUAUUAUGGGAUUGGGUUGCUUAUUUUACUUAUUUAUUAGGACUGAGUAAUUUAUACUCGAAUUUACCUAAUUAGAUUGUUAUUUAUUUAAUAAGUAAUUAGGUAAUUCGGCUAACUAUAUUUAACUAGCUCGAAUAAUGUCUAAAUACGCUGGAAGAACGUCUAUUUUUUUUUUUAAGUGAAAUGCAUUUUAUUAUUGAAUACUUUUAUUUUUACUAUUAUGUUCAUUAAUAACUUAUAUUUUAGUACAAAAUAUCAAUAACUUAUCACUAUUGUUUCUCUAUUUAUGUUCUAUGUUAAAAAAGUGACCCAAAUAUUGUUGUUGUCAGAGUUCUAAAAGACGUUAGGCACUAUUUGGGCGGUGGCUGGCCGUCUAGCGCCUAGCCCACGUAGGCGGGCACCUAGGCGCCAACAAGGGCGCCUAGCUAUCUCCUUUAUAUUAUUUUUUAUUUUUUUUUCAUUUUCUAUGAAUUUUAACAAUUUUUAUUAAUAAUGUUAUACUAUUUUGGCAAUAGAAAUAGCUAAUAUAAUCAUUAAAUGUUAUGCUUUUUGUCAUAAAAUUAUCAAUAAUAAAAUAAUAAAUAGAUAAGUUAAGAGAUUUGCGGUUUUUAGUUUAAAAAAUGUUUAUAUGCAUUCUAAAAAGUUUAUAUGCAUUUUUUUUUGUAGGAGUAUGAUAGUAAAUAUUAUAGGAAUAGAAUACUUAUUGACCAAAUAGUGUUUUCACAUAAAAUGAAAAUAAUAAGUUGAAUCGGAAACAAAUUUAGUUUGGGCCGCCUAGCGAACCAACUUUUCUCACCGAUUACCACAAAGUCGGGCCACCGCCUAGCGCCUAGGCGGCACCUAGGCCGAUUUUUAGAACCAUGGUUGUUGCACGUGGUCCCCAAUUUCUCGGGACCGGUCAUGAUCCCUUAUAGUGGUAUUUUAGGGUAAAAUAGUGGAACACAUCAUUUGAGAAAUCUCAUCCAUAUUUCGGGCAAAGUUUUGGCGUGAAAUAUACCUCUCUACUGAGUCGGUCUGACUGUGAUUGUAAAAGUCUGACUGUAUAUAUUUUAACAACCAUCCUAAGUUUGGCUUUGUGCUAAAUUAUGGUAGACUGCCUCAUUCCAUAAUUGUAUUGCUUCACAUGAAUCAAUUUAAGACUAAAAACAAAGGUUCCAUUUCGCAGGUAUCCCUCCUGCUGUUUUAUUUGUGAGAGAGGGACGAGGUGAGUGUUCUUAGGAUGAUUCUAAAAGAGGGGUGCACGUUACUGUUGAAAGUACCUAAACCUUCUAUACCAUUGAUCCACUACGCACAAAACCCGAACAUGAGUUUCGAUUAUCGAAAUGAUAAUACUAAUAAUGAUAACACAAUAGCUUUUGAAGAAUCUGAUGUUCUGAAGAGACUAAGGAAAGAGCGAAAUGUUGUUUUGGCUUUUGAGUUUUUCAAAUAUGUUUCCAAUUCCAAGUCUUUCAAGCAUACCCCACUAACAUACCAAGUGAUGAUUCAAAAACUGGGCAGCCAAGGAGAGAUAGAUGGAGUUCAUUACCUUUUGCAGCAAAUGUACUUAGAUGGUAUCCAUUGCUCUGAAAACACAUUUGUAGGUGUCAUCAAUUUCUAUAAGAAAUCUGGUUCUGCCCCACAAUCUCUAAAAAUGUUUUACAGAAUGCAAGACUUUGGCUGCAAACCCACAGUGAAGGUUUACAAUCAUCUUUUAGAUGCAUUGCUAAGUGAGAAUAGGUUUAGCAUGAUCACUCCUAUAUAUAGUAACAUGAAGAAAGACGAUAUUACCCCCAAUGUGUUUACAUACAAUAUUCUUUUAAAAGCCCUGUGUAAGAAUAAUAGGGUGGAUGCUGCUUACAAGCUGCUCGACGAAAUGUCUAAGAAGGGUUGUUCUCCUGAUGAGGUGAGCUAUACAACAAUUGUGUCUUCAUUGUGUAAUCUAGGUCGGGUGAAAGAAGCAAGGGACCUCGUUGAGGGGGUUGAUGCCAGUGUUCCUGUUUGGAAUGCACUUGUGAAUGGACUUUGCAAAGAGUGGGAUGUGGAGGAGGCAAUCAAAUUGUUGGAUGAGAUGACGGAGAAGGGUGUCACUCCCAAUGUCAUUACGUACACAACAAUAUUAAAUGCUUCAUCUGAGUUAGGUAAUGCCCCAUUCUCUCUUUCCAUCUUAGCGAAAAUGUUUGUGAGAGGAUGCUCUCCAAAUGUUUAUACUUUUACCAACUUGAUAAAAGGAAUGUGUGUCGCUGGAAGGUGCGAUGAAGCGCUUGAUGUGUGGGAUGCUAUGAUUAAGGAGAUGGUUUUUCCUAAUGUUAUUGCAUACAACACAUUAAUACGUGGUCUUUGUUUGUCUGGUAAUAUGAAAACAUCUUUAUCCAUCUUUAUCCAAAUGGAAAGAGUUGGAGGAGGGUGUUCUCCAAAUUUGACAACAUUUAGCACUCUCAUAGACGGGUUUACAAAAUCCGGAGAUCUGAGUGGUGCAUAUGAGAUGUGGAACAAGAUGAUAUUGCUCGGUUUCCGUCCAAAUGUUGUUGUAUAUACAUGUUUAGUGAAUGCACUAUGUAAAAACUUCAUGUUUGAACAUGCAUAUGAGAUCAUUGAAAACAUGGUGGCUGAAAAUUGCCCCCCAAAUACCACCACGUUCAACACAUUUUUGAAAGGUCUGUGUGGAAGUGGUAAAAUUGAUAUGGCUAUUGCGUUGUUCAAUCAAAUGGAGAGUUUUGGGUGUUCGCAUGAUACAACCACAUAUAAAGAGCUAUUGAAUGGGUUGUUCAGAUCUAACAACAUUUCCCUCGCAUUGGAGCUUUUAGUGGAGAUGGAGGAAAAAGGGGUGGAACUUGAUCUGGUGGCAUACAAUACUAUUGCCUCUGGGAUGCUUGAAGAUGCUCCAAAAGUUAUUGCCAAGAUGCUUGUCAGGGGAAUCAAUCCCGAUGACUUCACAUUCAACAUACUAAUAAAUGCAUAUUGCAAGGGUGGAAACGUCGAUCUUGCCAUUCAGCUUCUUGACGUAAUGAGGUUAGGAGGAUGGAAGCCGGAUCUAGUUUCAUAUACCAGUCUUAUAAUUGGGGCCUGUGAGUUGAGUGAUUCUGAAACAGCUAUUCGGUGUGUUGGGAAAAUGAUAGAUGAAGGAAUUAUCCCAAACAUGUCCACGUGGAAUGUUCUAGUACGUUUUUUGGUUAGCCGGAUCGGUUAUGUUGAUGCAAUAGAAUAUAUGGAUACUAUUUUGGUGAGAGUUUCACCUUGAUAAAAAGGAACUUCAUUUAUGGCUAAACACGUGGUGGGACUGCAAUGUUGGAAGCAUGAAAUUUGAGAAUAUUUAACAGAGAACACAGGUGGUUGGUUCUGACUUCAAAGGGUGGAGAGUAUAAAGAUUAGAUAAUGAUAUGCUAAAGUAGUUCUAAUGAACGAAAGAUUUGAAGUUAAUGAGACUGGAAACAAUAUUUUGCUUUUCCAGUGUUCUCGUUUGUCAAGCAACGACGAUCAUGAACAUAGCAUGAACAUAGCAAAGCUUCUGCUAUGACCUGUGAGAAACAAAGAUGCUGAUGGAAUCUGAGAUGCUGUUUGGAAGGAGGCACAUGCAUGUUUGAAAAUGUUCACCCCCCCAGAGGAGGAUGGAGUUGACGCCAUGGACCAUUGACGUGAUGCCAUAAAAACGGUGACAGGAGUGCAGUAUUGCACAUAUUUCGAGGUCUGUGAUGGAUCCAGUUGGUUAAUUGUGAUCCUAUUAGAAAGGGAAGAGUUCAGGUCUUGUCAUUUACAAAUUGUCACUCUCUUCAAAUAAACUCCAUUUGUUCUGAAAUUAAGUUCUUGCAAUGUAUCCCAGUUGUCAAUUUAACUU